AUAUUUUUCCAAAAAUAUAAUUUUACAUUAUUCGACAUCAAAAAGGUACUAUAAUAUUAACAAAAUCAACAAUUUCGAUUCCGUAAAAUGGUAAAAUUGCAUUUUCGAAAAUAGUUCACAAUGUCUCCACUAGGAUGGUGAUUGCGCGGGAUUUUUUAUAUAUCACUCGCGCGAUGAUGAACAUAAGUGUCACUUGGCGAUAUACCUAUAUAGGUACACGUGCUCAUGUAUCCGCAAUGUUUUGACACGUGUUUCAAGUGCAAUCACGUAGUUCGUAGUUUACUUUUUCACAAUGAUUAUCAAAAAGCAGUAGUCACAUAAUUAUAGUUAACAAGAUUAUAAUCAUAACAUUUGUGAAGGUUACAUUCGGUUUACAUGUCGAUGCCGAAAAGAUAACCUAUACGUGCUAUUCGCAAAGCAUUAUUUUGAGAUUAACAAGACCGGCAGUAUUAAUUGUGAUAUAAAUAUGGAAUCUAAUCGCUGUAAAAUAUGUUUUGGGGAAACAAACCCUUUCAACGAUCCAGCUCUACUGUGUCAAGGAGAAUGUCAAUGUAAAAUACAUAUAAAAUGCUUGAGGCGAGGUGCACUCCCAAGUAAUCUUAUUGGAGACGUGUUUUACGACUUACGUUGUACGGAAUGUUCAGACAGCAAUGAUGAACUUCUUAUUAGACAAAAGUUGUCAUGGCUCACAACUGUGAUUCUAACUUUGUACAAUUUACGAGAAAAAUCUAAUGGUAUAAGCAGAAGAGGAUAUUUUCAUUGGAAGUCUGAUAUAAGUACAUUCAUUAACAACAAUUGGGAUUAUCUUUUUCACAAAACAGUGAAAAAAAAGAAAAACUGGAUUGGUACCAUAUCGGGAACCUUAUCUCACUAUAGUGGGGUAUUUUUCCAAUCGGGAACAUUCGAGCUUGGAGACCAAGGAUGGUGGAAAUUAAUUGCCACUGAUCCUCCUGAAGUAUUAGUUGAAAAAUACUACAAAGUAUUAGAAAUGAAGAAACAGCAACAAGGAAAGCUAAAAGCAAAAUCUGUCAGUAGUAGUCCAAGAUCAGAAUCGCGUAUUUCUAAUGAAGAUGAAUACAGUAAUGGAGCAGAAAGUUUCAAACCUAAAGAAACAAAGCCUCCGGUUCCUGCCAAACCAACAUACGUUGAGCCUAUAAAUCAUAGUCUUCCAAGUAGUGAAGUGUCUGACAGUAUUCCCUCUCCGUGUGAUGAUUUUGCUGAUAUUCUAGAUUUAGACAUAGAAAUUCCAAGCUUUGAAUUUGAUUUUCCAUCUUUCAAUCUUGCCGCUGACACAAUUGCAGAAGAACUACCAUUUCAAACAUGCAAUGAUUUGCCAGGCGUUUUUGUGUCCGAUUGUUUUCAAAGUGAAACAAGUAUGGCAGAAGAACCUGUUGAAGACAUUGAAGUGACUGAUACACCGAUUGUAGAAAAUUUACAACAAAACGGCGAAAUAUCAAAAAUGGAAUAUAGCAAUGAACCAGAUGAGCAAAAUGAAAAUAAUGAUAAUGAUAAAACUUAUGAUCUUCCACCACCAGUACCUUCUUCUCUUGUUGAGUCCAUUCACAGGCCAUGGCCAUGGGAUGAGUCUAUUAAACUGAAUCCAGAUGAUGUGAGACCCCUGAUGAGUGAACGAGAAGAAGAAUAUUUACUGCAAAAAAUUGAACAGUACAAGCAUUUGUUAGACCGUGCUCCACCAAGUGUAAAAAGACUUUACAGGAAACUUGCUGUACGAAAGCUUAAAAGACAGUAUGGUCUACCAAUUCUCAAUAUUGAUACAUUUGGAAAAGAUUUAGAAUUCAAAGCUUUACUACAAGCAAAAAAGAAAGGCAACAUGGUUUUAGAUCGUUUUAUAUCGGAAGACGUAAGCAUUUUCUUUGAACAACGGCUGCAAGGACAUUGUGAUCCAACAUCUGUACAUAGCCCAUAUACAAACAGACUUUUAAAACCAUUUAUCAGAAGAGAUACCAGCAGUAAACCACUGUGGCUAAGAGUUACCAAUGAACUUCUAGCCAAAGUAAAUAAGAAAAAUCCUGAAUGGACUCCUCAAACAAAUGCACCCAUUGAUUACUCUUAUAUUAGGCCUCAGCACAUUCCAGCAAUAAACAGUCUUUGCUCUCAGUUCUUCUGGCCAGGAGUAGACUUGACAGAGUGCUUGCAAUACCCUGACUUCACGUGCGUUGUUCUUUACAAAAAAGUGGUUAUUGGUUUUGCAAUAAUGGUUCCAGAUGUGGGAUACAACGAGGCAUACAUUUCAUUUUUCUUAGUACGGCCAGAGUGGCAGAAAGCUGGAAUUGGAACUUUUAUGCUUUACCAUCUCAUUCAAACGUGCAUGGGUAAAGAUAUUACUUUACAUGUGUCUGCAACAAACCCUGCUUUGAUCUUGUAUCAGAAGUUUGGAUUCAAGCAAGAGGAGUUUGUUCAAGACUUCUAUGACAAAUACAUACUACCAUCUUCAAAAGAAAGUAAACACGCUCUAUUUUUAAGGCUGAGCAGAUGAAGCUUAACGGUAUAUUUGUACAAAGAUUAUUUUUUUAUAUGUAUAUAAUUUAUUUUAUGAAAUAUUUUUCUAAAAAAAGUAACACGAGUGAAAAUAUAACAUUGACUGUUAUAAACAAUGCAGCAUUUUUUUCGCCGAAUUAUUAAAAUGAAAACUGUCAAAUUCUAAA